UUUUGGUCACGUGACAGCGGCUACGGCCAACCAGAAUGUGAGCGAGACUCCAGCUCUGCAGUUGUAGACCGACACUCACCAUGGCUACAGCAAUGAAUGUGAUCCGGCUUGCCGCCUCCCUACUAGCUCUCAUAUCAACAGUCAGUGGACAACAAGGACAGAAGAAUGUGCAGGAAGACCCGUGCAAGGUGAAGAGUCGAGUUGUGGCCGAUGCGACGUACUGCGACAGAUACUGGGAGUGUGUGAAUGGCCAGCCCGAGCUCUACGACUGCCCCAACGGACUCGUCUACGCCGGAAAGAACCGCGGAGUCACCGAGGGCUGUGACUACCCCUGGAGGGCCAACUAUUGCGAAGACAAGACGCAAGCAAAUGGUCCAAUAGGCCGAGAACACUGCGACUGGCUGUAUGGCAUUUUCGGACACGAGACAUCAUGCACCAGGUAUUGGACAUGCUGGAAUGGAACCGCCACUGAACAGCUCUGCAUCGGUGGAUUGCUCUACAACGAGAACACUCACUCUUGUGAUUGGCCUGAGAACGUCGAUGGAUGCCAGAAACAUCCGCUGUGUAACGACGAUGCGAAUGGAAACGUGCCGCUGGGGAAGUCGUACCGCUACUGGCAGUGCCAGGGUGGCUACCCGCGACUGCAGCGCUGCCCCGCCAUGCUGGUCUUCGACCGUCGCUCGCUGCGGUGUGUCGUCCCCCCCACUGAGGACUGCGAAGUACCCACCACACCCCCUCCAGCACCUGGCGAGGAAGAGGACGGUGAACAAAAUCUACCAGUUCAGCCACCAAAACCAAUCAAUGGCAGACAACAACAGAACUACCAACAGCCACCACCCCAACAACAACAGCAACAGCAGCAGCAACAGUCACAACAGCAGUACAGAAGGAGCGAAGACCUACCACCAAACCUGCCCAAUCUCCCUCAGGGAGCAAUUCCCAUCCCUGUCAGGGCGCGAGCCAGGAAUUAAAAAGUAACAAGAAAGACUUCUUGGCGAUGACUCUGGACUAAAAUCAUCACAGCAUCAUUGAAUCAUCAAGAUCAUCACCAAAUCAUCAGUAUUUUCAAACUGUAGUAUAAUGUUAGUUGAAUGUAUAAAAUGUGUAAAUUUUCCUAUGUUGAACAACUUAAUUUACUUGAGUCUCGAUUAUCAAAUUUGAGUUCACUGUCGAAUAAUCACUUUCAAUAAAUUGAUGAGAGAAUUCAUUCAAGAGAGACAGAGAGGAUGAAAGGUGCAGAAAAAGAUAAGGUGCACAUUACUCGGUGAUUCAAUUAUAAGAUUAAUAUUGAUAGAAAACAAAUUUGAAGAUAAAACACUUUCUGAAAAAUAUUUCUGAUUCUUCAAUUAUUCAACUUUAAAACUUAAUUGCUUUAUUGCACACUUUAACUUUCAGUAAGAUAAAAUUCAGUCAAGUAAAUAAUUUUUCAUUUAUAAUGGAGGUUUUAAAGCUAUUGUGGCUAAUUUCAAAUAUAAAUAGAUUAAAUAAUUACAGAUUCAGAUUCCAUUAUUCAGUUUUCUUGAAUAACAUUAGGUAGUUAUCUAAUUAAAUUGAAAUUACUUAGAUCACAAUUAUAUGUUAAUUCAUGUGCAAAGCAAAUGAUAAAUUACAUAUUUAUUUUUUUCUAUUUUCAUUCAAAUUGAAAAUGAGUUUAAUAUAUGCGUGUAUUUUCCAAUUUUCAAUAGGCUGUUUUGGAAAAAUUGACUCAUUUAUCACUCACAAAGGAUGAAAACACUAUUUUUAAUACAGAAUAAUGAAUACAAUUUUUUGUAUUCCUAUAAGUAUGUAAUUUACUUCAUCUAUUAGUAGUAUAGUUUAUUUUUAUACUGAUAUAAUUGUUAAGUUAUAGAAUUAUAAGUUAGAUUAAGAAUAAAAUAAAAAAUGAAACCCCAAAA